AUGUUUUCCGUGAGAUAUCAACCAAUUGUCUCAAGGAAAUCUCUACCAACGUUUCUUAUUUCUAGAAUACCUCCAAUAAGAAAUUCCUUUUCAAACUCGAAUACAAUCUCAAAUACAACUUCACCAAAACCAGGUCCAGUUCUAAAAGCUCUCAAAUUCGAAUCCAAACAGACAGGAUGGUCAACAGGUCGAGCACUUUUACUGGCGGCUGCCACCGGUGGCUUAGCUUAUGCAGUUGCGAUUACUGGGGAAGAGAAUAAGCGGAAUGCGAAUAGGGAUUAUUCCGAUCCAGCCAAGUACACAAUACCUAAUUAUGCUAAUUUUAAGGAUAUGGAAACUGCCCUAAAGGAGAUUCGGCAAGCUACACAUGAGGAUACUAUCUCUACCGAUCCGGAGGAUUUGUUGGCUCAUGGAUAUUCUGAAUGGUCGUCAACUAAUGCUGAUGGGCUCCCAGUGGCAGUAGCUUAUCCAAAAUCCACGCAAGAGGUCUCCAAAAUUGCUACGAUAUGUCACAAGUAUCGUGUACCAAUCAUUCCCUACUCAGGGGGUUCAAGUCUGGAAGGGAACGUAUCAUGUCCUUAUGGAGGUGUCAGUGUGGAUUUUGCAUACAUGGAUCAAAUUGUCGAGUUUCAUGAAGAGGAUAUGGAUAUCGUUGUUCAGCCAUCUGUUUCUUGGAUGGAUCUCAACGAAGAACUCGCAAAACGCCAAUCUGGACUCUUUUUCCCGGUCGAUCCGGGUCCAAGUGCCAAAAUAGGAGGCAUGGUUGGAACAAACUGCUCCGGAACCAACUGUGUUCGUUAUGGAUCUAUGAAGGAUUGGGUCAUAAAUCUAACCGUCGUCCUCUCCGACGGGACCAUCAUCAAGACUAAACGACGACCUCGAAAAUCCUCCGCAGGCUAUAAUCUCAACAGUCUCUUCGUCGGCUCCGAAGGAACCCUGGGUCUCGUGACUGAAGUAACCCUCAAGCUCGCCGUUGUCCCCCCUGAACACUCGGUUGCGGUAGUCACCUUCCCCACGAUUCGAGACGCGGCAGCUGCUGCGGCAGGUGUCAUGCGUGCGGGUGUCCAAGUCGCGGCGUUGGAACUUAUGGAUGAGGUACAGAUGAAAGUGGUUAAUUUGUCCAAAUCCACCGCGCCUAGACAGUGGAAAGAGCUUCCGACUCUCUUCUUCAAGUUUUCGGGCACCAAAGCUUCGGUCAAAGAAAAUAUCGCCAUAGUAUCAAAAAUCGCCAAAGUGCACAAAGGCGGCGACUUCGAAUUUGCCAAAGACGCCCGAGAACAGAAACUCCUCUGGUCCGCCAGGAAAGAAUCCCUAUGGAGUAUGCUCGCGCUCCGCAAAGAAGGAAGCGAAGUCUGGAGCACAGAUGUAGCAGUACCGUUCUCGAGACUAGCUGACAUUAUCGAGCUGAGCAAGAAGGAAAUGGACGACUUGGGACUUUUUGCGAGUAUUUUGGGUCAUGUGGGAGAUGGCAACUUUCAUGAGAGUAUCAUGUAUGAUAAGAGGGUGGAAGGGGAAAAGGAAAAGGUUGAGAGGUGCGUGAAGAAUAUGGUGUUGAGGGCGUUGGAGAUGGAGGGGACGGUUACGGGUGAGCAUGGAAUAGGCAUCGGAAAGAAAGAAUCGCUGCUAUUGGAGCUAGGACAUGAUACUCUGGGAGUCAUGAAAUCUAUCAAAUUGGCAUUAGAUCCUCACUGGAUCAUGAAUCCAGGUAAAAUCAUUGAUAUCCCUAAAUAA